CAGCAGCAGGACAAGGAGUACAGUGGUAGAGUAGUAGAAGUAGCAGGCGGACGGGUUCCGGUGAUUGCCAAAGUAAAAAUUUCAAGAGAGCGAGCAUGGACCCUUGGCUUGAUCGGCCGGCAUCUAGUUAAAGUAGUGGUGGCGAUCUAGUUUCGUACCUCGCCCUACCUACUUCUCUGGAAACAGCCAAUCUAGCCAUCCCUUCCUCUCUCUCUGCCUUUCUCUCUCUCUCUCGCUCGCUCGCUCCUCCCGCUCCUCCUCUUCUCUCUGCUCCACCGCCCACCCUCCUCUCCCCCAUCCUCUCACUCCUUCCCCUCCCCUUUCUUCUACACCGGCAUAAUCUCCGGUUGAGUCACGGCACGGCAAGGCAAGGGAAGAUGGUGCCGUCCUUCUUCGUGGGUGCCAUCCUGGCCCUGGUGGCAUCGCGGCCCACACCGGCGAUGGCCCAGACAUCGUACGUGUCGGCCUCGCCUGCCGCAAACACGACCGGUGCCGGCACCCUGUCGCCGAUCCUCAGCCCUUCAUUUGCCGGCAUGGGCAUCGAGCCGACGAACCUGAUUGCCUAUACCGGCCAGGGCGGGCAGCGCAACGAGCUGACGUACAACCUCAUGAUGAACCUGGCCAACAUGACGGGGGUCCCACCGCACCUGCGCAUCGGCGGCAAUGCCGGCGACCGUAUGAUCUACCAGGAGUCAUACAACGGCACCAACUGGAGCUACAACCCGUCGAGCGUCGGCGUCGGCAACACGGGCGGCAAGGUGGACCAGUACCUGUUUGGGCCGGGCUACUUUGCGUCGAUGGAUCUGCUGCCGAGCGACACACCCAUCACGUACGGCAUCAAUCUCGCCUACACGGGCUCCGACUCGGCCCAGCUCAUCGUCAACCAGGCCACGGCGGCACUCGACCAGGUCAAGAACGUCAACAUCGUCGGCUUUGAGCUCGGCAACGAGCCGGAUCUGUGGGUGCAAAACGGCUACCGGUCGCAGGGCUGGAGCGUGAGCAAUUUUGGCGACGAGUGGGCUGCCGCUGUCCAGUCGGUCUACAACAACGUCCUGGCGCCCCGGAACAAGACUUCAAACUUCUUUGAGCCGCCGACGACGGCGACGACGGCGACGAGCGCGGGAAAGCCGUUCCGGAUUGCUAAUUUGGUCAGCACGGGCGUCGCCGUCGACAACGGCAUCUACGUCGCCGGGUGGAACCAGCACGACUACUACUACUACGUCAACGUCUCGGGCUACACCCUCACCCUGGACCGGCUGCUAGACCUGUCGACGACGGUCAAGCAAUUUACCGAAUGGGCCGGGCAGGCGCAGCAGGCCCUCGUCACGGGCAAGCCCUACUACCUCCGUGAGAUGGGCAGUGCCGGGCCGACGGGCCUGCAGGGCAUCACAAACGUCUUUGGCAACACGCUCUGGUCCCUCAACUUCUUUCUCUAUGCCGCCACGGUGCAGGUGUCGUCGGUGCAGAUGCACAUGACCAGCGAGUCCUAUAUCGCGCCCUGGCAGCCCCAGAACCAGGCCGGCUUCUCGGCCCACGUGCGGACGAGCUACUACGCCUGGGCAGCCGUCGACCAGCUCAUCGGCGGCGGCUGCAACACGCGCGUGGCCAGUGUGGACCUCAACAAUGUGCCUUCGGCGUACGAGAACCGCGUGGCGCUGUAUGCGACCUAUGACGGUGUUAACCUCGACUCGCUCGUCAUGAUCAACACCAAGCUGGCCUACGAAAGUUCGCAGAGCUCCGCGGGCAACCUCGUUUUCUCCCUCUCGCUCCGCAGCCUGGCUGGGCGCACCUUCCACCUGUCCACCCUGACAGCCGCGGGCGUCGACAGCACGCAGAACACGACGUGGAACGGCAUCAGCUACGAGGUCAGCGGGAAUGGGCUACCCACCGUCGUCGACUCGUCCGACAACACCGUCAAGGUUGGUCAGGACGGCAGCUUCUCCGUCACGGUCCGCGACAGCCAGGCCGUCGUGGCGCACAUCGACAACAAGCUCGGCUCAGCAAACACCAUCGACAGGGACGCGUGCGAUGCGCUUGCCAAGUCCAUCGCCGAGGGCCAGUCUGCCUCGCCCACGGGUACGAGUUCGGGCACGACGUCGGCACCUACCUUCCGCUCGACGCAGGGCUUCCAAAAUGGGGCGCGACCAGCGGUCGGCAUGUCGACGUUGGGACCCCUGCUGCUCGCGACACUGACCGUCGCAGCAGCGGCGUCCAUCAUGCCCCUCGUCAUCCUCCUUCCGUGAUCCUCCUCCUUCUUCUUCCUUGCUUUCUAUCUCUCCUCCCCCUUUCGCCUUCAUCGUCAUCCUCUUCAUCAUCAUCAUCUUAUCUUCUUCGCAUCGAGCAAGGAGCCGCACAUCGGACAAUAGAUCUAUCGGACCGUAAUAAUCCGUUUCAUUUCAUAGAAGCCGCUUUAUUGAGCGUGCACCAACCAAUCAAAAUACCAUUUUCAGCU